AUGAAGGAAGGCGCUUGGGCUGCAGCAGGUUUGCACGAGGUCGAAGUGUACAGCACUACUUGGCGAAAGUUUGCAGCGGAGUUCAUAGGAACAUUCCUGUUGGUCCUUGUAGGAUGUGGCUCUACCACUGUAGCUUGGUCUGAAGGAUACAAGCCAACAACUGUUCAAAUUGCACUGGCCUUCGGGCUGAUUGUUGCAUGUGUUGUUCAGUGCCUGGGCCAUGUGAGCGGCGCGCAUGUAAACCCAGCAGUAACGGUGGGCCUGUUGUCAGCCGGCCAGGUUCUCCUCCUGAGGGCCGUGAUGUACAUAGCGGCCCAGUGUGCUGGCGCAAUCGCUGCUGCUGUUGUCCUCAAGGCGCUGACACCAGAGGAGUCUGAGUCGACAUUAGGUGUGACGGCAGUCAGCCCACAUUUGACGCUGACGCAGGCGGUCUUCGUGGAGGCUUUCAUAACAUUCUUCUUGGUGAUGACUGUGUUCGGCGCCAGGUCCGCCAGAGGCAGUGCUGGAUUUGCCAUUGGCUUAUCCAUCACGACAUGCCACCUGUUCGCGAUGCAGUACACAGGUGCUAGCAUGAAUCCGGCUCGCUCACUUGGGCCUGCAAUGGUGAGCGGUGUGUGGCACAAUCACUGGGUGUACUGGAUGGGACCACUCGCAGGAGGCAUUGCAGCUGGCGCCAUGUCCAGUUGUAUCUUCAGACCAAGCGGCCCUAAAGCACCAGUCAGACCAACUCGAGACUCUGAACGCAGGGACAACCCUACAAAGGAAAUGGAAGAGCUUAUGAGCCAGUUAUACCAGAGGAGUCAGCAAAUACAAAGUCUGGUGGAAGCAAUCGCCAAACAAGCGGCUAAUCCUCCAACACAAAAGGAACAAGCACAGGCAGCACCACCUUUCCGUGAUUUUGAUGCAUCAAGAGAAGAAUGGCGAGAAUAUUUCGCGCAGUUGCAGGCGCACAUGACAGUCUACAAAAUCACGGAUUUGGGGCCAAGGAGGACACAGCAGCUUCAGCUGCCUUCACCUUCCUUAGAUCCCAUGCCGCCAGCACAGGACAGAGAACUGAUGGGCACUGACACAGAGCCAUUGUCAUCGCCACAGUGCCAGCAGCCCUUACCACAAGUGGUGCUGCCUUCCAGUGGGCCACUGUGGACUCUACACUCACUGGUGCACCUCCACCAAUGGAAGAAAAUGUUCCAACCCUAG